CAAUCUUUUAUGCUUUCGACAUAAGUUUUCAAUUCGUUCGCCUAAAGACAAAGUAAUGGAAUCAUUAAGUUAUUGGCAUAUGGAGUGUUCUUUGGAGGAGCUUAUGGGUUGUGCUUGGCAUCAAUGGAAGGGUGCUUAACAAAAAUAAUUAUACGAGAAAGUAGAAAAUGAGAUUACUGAAUGGAAACCCAUUACAAUCAAUGGUCUCAAUGCUAAUAGAUAUCCAUGGGCUCGUAAUAUCAGAUAAUGGGAAUAUAAAUUAGUGAAAUUAUAUGGAUAUUUCAGAGAUGAAAGAUUUUUCGUUAGAAGAGAAAGAGAGGGAAGAGACGGUUUCCUAGUCUUUGCCCCAUUUGUAACAGCUUUGUAAUUCAAUGAUACAGAACAAGAUCCUGAACAAACUACCAAAUCACAAGUCAUGGUGAAUUUAGGAUGGGUGCCAAAGGAUAACAUUAGCGAUAUUCAAAUGGGACAAGAGCCUAUUGGAACAACAACCUAUGAAAAUGUACCUCAUAAUGAAGAUGACGAUUAAUUGACAGGAUUCAAUAGAAAUGUAUUAAAUAUGGAAGAGGAUUAUCAAAUGCCUUUUGUCGAAUUUGUAGGAAUGGUAAGAAAAGGAGAAGAGGAAGAUGUUUUGAAGGGACGUAGAAAUUGGCCAAGAGAGGGAGUGUACAAUUAUAUUGAUUUGUGGUUCAUGUCAAGAUUGUACAGAUCGUUCAAUUUGACAGAUUGCUCAUCUGCAUACAUAGAAAGAUUGGUGCAAGAAUAUGAUGAAGAAUCAGCUAACUUAUAUCCAAUUCCUGCCACCAAAGACAACUUUGAUAAGCCUUUGCCUACUCCUUAGACACAUUAAGCAUAUUCAUUAUUUUUUGGGCUUUCUUCAAUAAUGUCGUUAGCCUUAUUAGCCAUUAGAAGAUGAUCUAUUAAAUAUAGUAUAUAAAACAAAAUAUUUCACCUUCAAAUAUUUGAAAAUUAACCAAAAAAA